GGUGUAACAUAUUGGGUGACGUAAGCAAUACCGGAAGUGCCAUCUCUAUUCAUUUCUACAAAACAAACUUUAUCUAAAAAUGUCAGAGUCUGAAUUGUGCACGGAGAAAGUAUCUCGUUAGGUCAAUUCAGAUAUGACCGUUACUUAUUCUGUCUUCUGCAAGAGCGCACAUGGUAGCUAGGUAUGCUAGCUAGGUCUCUGACAGCUUUGACAUCCUGGAGACUGUAUCAGCCUUUGGAGAGGACACUUUACUCCAGAUUAGUCUCUGGAAGAGCACUAAGGCUGGAGAAAUGUCCAGGCUCAGGGCUCAGCUGCUGUCUACCAAAUAUGCUGUCCUGCAGCGCCUCAUCUCACAAACUUCACACACACUGCAAGAACAAUCCCAUCAUCACAUUCAGCGAUGCCUGGUCUUAUGGAAUGCGAAGACUCGUUUUUAACCCAAAACAUGGCAUGGUACUCAAAACAUGGAAUAUACACAGAACAUUUCAAUCCACCAGUGGAACCACCAAAUCUGUGCUGAAGCAAGCGGGCAUGCCUGGCAAAAAAACAUUAAAGGGACCAAGGACUAAGCAGCCAUCCAGAGCCAAUCUGCCAGCCCCAGAAGAGGAUAUGAUGCAAUGUAUCGCCUAUGCAACAGCUGAACAAUACCACCUACCUACUCUCUGCCAUGACCUAAUAGCUAAUGGCUUUUUUGAAAUAAGAGACUUGCCCAGAGAUGCAGCUAAUGUUCUGGUGAUUGGAACAGAAAUGGCAUCAAAACCAGAUGAUUCUGCCAUGAUGUUUUUCUUCAGGGAAGGCUCAGUGGUUUUCUGGAAUGUUGAUGUAGAAACUUUAAAGAAAGUGAUGCGGAUAUUGGAGCAACAUGAGAUUCAGCCGUAUGAAGUGGCUUUGGUCCACUGGGAAAAUGAAGAGAUCAAUUACUCAAUAGAAGAGGGAAAUACAAAGCUCCAUCGGGGAAACUUCAUAUUUAAUAGCGACAUGGACUAUGAACAAGUCCUUCUGGAGAAAUUUGCAUUUUCUAAUGCUCUGUCUCUCUCAGUUAAGCUGGCGAUAUGGGAGAUGUCUCUGGAUAACUUUGUUGAAUCUAUUCAGCCAAUUCCAGAGACACUAAAGUCUGGGAAGUCAGUCAAACUGUCCAGGGCAGAGGUCUUGCAGAAAAUAGGAGAACUGUUUGCUCUGAGGCACUGCAUUAACCUCAGUUCAGAUCUUCUCAUCACUCCUGAUUUCUACUGGGACAGAGAGGACCUGGAGCAACUGUAUGACAAAACAUGUCAGUUUCUCAGUAUCAACCGUAGGGUCAAGGUUGUGAAUGAGAAGCUGCAGCACUGCACUGAACUGACAGACCUGAUGAGGAAUCACCUUGGUGAAAAGCACAGUCUCCGACUGGAGUGGAUGAUUGUAAUCUUGAUCACUAUUGAGGUGAUGUUUGAACUCGCCCGUGUGGUCUUCUGAGGAGACAGACGUCUUAGAGGAGGAUGUGACUGCCACAAUGAAAUCAGCCAAGCAUGUUUUAAAAGGUUUCAGUGUUCAUACAGCUUAACUGCAUCUUUUCUGAACCUCUAUUCAGUAGACUGUUGUCAGAUGUAAGUUUUCAAUAGAUAAAUAAAACUCGAUGCACAAA